CUCGAUUACUGAAUUUGUUCUUCUCUGAUUCGACGCUUCUUCUCUCAGUUCAGACUUCAGAUCAUCUUCCUGGUUCAGGAUGGUUGAGACCCUGUUUGAGGAUAUUUUUACAGUAACUAACAUAGACCCAGAUGGGAAAAAGUUCGAUAAAGUGAAUCGCAUUGAGGCGAGGAGCGAGCAGUUUGAAAUGUUUAUGCAAUUAGAUAUAAACACAGAGGUAUAUCCUAUCCACCGAGAAGAGAAGUUUAUGAUGGUUCUGGCCUCCACAUUAAACUUGGAUGGGGCACCAGAUUCUGGUUACUUUCUUCAGGGAAACAGGAAAUCACUUGCUGACAAGUUUGAGUACGUGAUGCAAGGAAAGCUGUACAGGAUAUCGGAGGAAGGCUCGGGAAGGCUUGCUAAAGCGGAUAUAUACGUUUCGUUCGGUGGACUUCUGAUGCAGCUGAGGGGAGAUCCAUCGAUAGCAGCUAAAUUCGAGCUCGACCAGAGGCUGUUCAUUCUCAUCAGGAAAGUUUGAAGCUUUGAAGUCUUUUUUCUGAUGGAUCGGAUACUGUUGUUAUCUGAUGUUAUUCGUCAGUCUAACCUUUGGGCUUGUUCAUGAACAUGAUGUAAUAAUAAAGAUGACAAAGUGCUAUGUUGUUUGCAGAUGAUGCUCUGUUGGCUCAUAAUAAUGCUUUUUAAGAUUCUAUCUUC